AUGUACAUUCCUAAGGCACUUGGCCUUGCGGUCACCCUUCUCGUUACCUUGUCCAACGCCUGUCCCAUUGUGGAGCGGGUCAUCGCGACUGAGGAGGGCGAUUCCUCCAUCGAAGCACGUCAGUCCUGCCCAACGAAGUAUGACUACAGCCAAGGAGGUCGAGACUGGCACACCAAGUGUGCAGCUUGGGCAAAGUGUGGCAAUGGCAAGCAGCAAUCUCCGAUAGAUUUACCAGCCAACAGCUACGCAAAGACUCAUACUCCAGCUUUCGCGUUCCCUGGAGGAGCUGUGCGUGGUGAGAUCUUCAAUAGGGGCUUUGGGCCGGAAUGGCACCCCGCUGCAGGAGCUGCAGUGCCUACAAUCCGCUUCGAUAAUGAGACGUACAAUCUUCUCCAAUGGCAUACCCACACUCCAGAAUCCGAGCAUGCCUUUGGCGGCAACAAGCGCAGAGGAGAAGUCCAUUUCGUUUUCGGCACGGGCUCGACUCCCAAAGCAGUUGCUGGCAUUGGCUUGGACUACGGAGCAGCCAGCACGUUCUUCGCUGCGGUUUUCCAGCAGCUGGACUCACAGCGUCGUGACUUGCCUCCUGUUGGUUCGACGGCACGCUAUCCGAUCUCGAUCGACUUCUCCCAGGGCAUCUUGGGCCCUAAUCAUUUCCGUACUUUCUGGACGUACGAAGGCUCCUUGACUACUCCUACCUGCGGAGAAGGCGUGCGGUGGUUCCUGGGUGGCUGGACCCAUAUGCUCAGCGGCGAUCAAUUUCCCCGACUGAACAGAGCUAGUAUUGACUCUGUGAGAGCGCUGCAGCCGGUGUUGGAUCAGCAUAUCAAUCUGUAAUUAGCUCUUCUGGUACUUAUCGUGUCAUUGGAGUAUGGAGUUUUGGCCACUUGGAUAAUCGAGCGUGGCGUAUUAGAUCUCUCCAAGCUCCCGCGAGCAUCCCUUCUCUUGCUUUAUAAGGUGUGUUGAUCUCCUUGGUUCAGCAUCCGUGAGUUAAAGUCCACUGUAGCCUUGCCAAGCGCAUUGGGGUUCUUCGCUUUCAGCCCACUCUACUUCUGUACGCUGUAG